AGCGCUCUGUUAUCUUAAAAUUUCUUUCAGCGAGAAUCAAACUGGCACCAAAAGUCAACCAGGAUGGCCAUCAAGGCGACGUAUCUGUUGCUUCUUUUCUCUGUUUGCAGCAUUUUGGACCACAUUGAAGGAAUUGCGUACGUCAUAUCUGGCCACGAAGCCCUACCUGGUGAGUUUCCUUGGCAGGUUUUGGUCAACGAAGCUGAUUUACAAUAUACGAAUUACUACAAAUGUGGAGGCGUCAUAAUUUCCAAAAACUGGAUUCUGUCUACAGCGUCUUGCCUCCAGAGCUUUCAUUCAUUUCGUGAUGGGAGAUCGUGGUCGGCAAUGAUUUAUGUUGGAACUCUCGAUAAAUCUAGACCCGCAAUUGUUCAUCAAUCCAGCAAAGUGAUUUAUCAUCCCAACUAUAACAAGAUAACCCAUUUCAAUGAUAUUGCUCUCAUAAAGACCAAACACGAAAUUAAAUUCAAUCCACGCGUAAGCGCAAUCCCUUUGGCUCAAGAUCCGAUAUCGUCUUUUGUAUCUGGUGACAUGGCAGGAUGGGGCUACGAAUACUACCAGUCUGGAAACUAUGCUAAUAAAUUAAGGAUCACCAGCUUGAACAUCAUAAGCAGGGACGACUGUCGUGCUCUGCUAGAAACAGAAAAAACCUCUCUGGGUGCAGAUCAGUUUUGUGCCGCGGAAAGUGGUGCUGCAGCUUGCAAAGGAGACGAAGGAGGCGCUUUUGUGACGCAAUAUAGUGUGCUCUCUGGUCUCAUUCACCAAAAUUUCUGCACUUUGAACGACCUCCCCACGGUCUUUGUCGACGUUUAUCACCACCGCGAAUGGAUCUACAAUAUCACCGGCCCUAUAUAAAAUUUAUCAUGUGCUUGAGUGGUUUAAUAUAUAACCAAGUUUAGUUGGAUAUUAGAAAGAAAAAUAUUGCUUACAGUCAAAUUGAGUGUAGUGUGGUUUUCUACAUCCUGCACAAUGGGAAAUAUUGAAUCUACGAAGGAAUUUGAUAUUUAAUUCAUUUUGGGAAUGAUUAACGCUCGUAUCGGAAUAUUUCACAUAAGCUAGCAGGGUAAAAUGUAUGCACUAAUUUUUAAAUUAUUUAAAAUUCUAUAUGAAACAUUCAAAGUAUUUAAUUUAGUGGGGGUUUCUAAUGAAAUAGCUUAAAUAGCAAUUUAAAAAAAAAAUUGCCCAGCCUUGUCACAAGGUCAAAUUAUAAACGAAAUUUGCACAAAAAAAUACACCUUUGACACUGUUAUCUUGAAAAAAACAAUUUUUUGCUCUGCGAGAGCGCUGAGCGCCGUCCGCAAACUGGCACCAACACUCGGUCAAGAUGGUCCUCCAAGCGGCUUGUCUGGUGCUCAUUCUUUUCUCUGCUUGCAACAUUUGGGGAUACACCGAGGGCAUUGCGUACAUAAACGCCGGCCACGAGGCUCAGUCCGGAGAGUUUCCUUGGCAGGUGUCUGUGCUUGGCAGAAACUCAGUUGGUAGCGAAUUUCGGUGUGGAGGCGUAAUCAUUUCUAAAAACUGGAUUCUCUCAACGGCAUCGUGCGUAAAGAGUUUGUUUGAGUAUCCUGCGUUGAUUCUGGCUGGAUCGCUCAACUUGGCUAAACCUGGCAUCGUUUACGAAUCCAACAGAGUGAUUUCCCAUGGAGAUCACGAGGAUCACCGUUCCAGAGACGUAGCUCUCAUUAAGACCAAACACGAGAUCAAAUUCCACUUGCUCGCAAGUCCGAUAACACUGGCUGAAGCACCGAUAUCAAACUACUUUUCCGGCGAAAUGGCUGGAUGGGGCGCUGAACACUAUAAAUCAACCAAAAAAUACACCGAGCGGUUAAGGGUGACAAACAUGAAUAUCAUCAGUACGGAUGCGUGUCGUGCGUUGCUUGCGAUGGAAGACGAGAAACUCGGCGAAGGCCAGUUUUGCGCCACGGCAAUCGGCGCCGCAGCUUGCAAGGGAGACGAGGGAGGCGCUUUUGUCACGCAAAACAACGUGCUUUCCGGACUGAUCGACCGACAUUUCUGCACUUUGAACGACCUCCCUACCGUGUUCAUCGACGUCUAUUAUCACCGCGACUGGAUCCGCAACAUCACUGGAAUUUAAUCCAAUCCUCAUUUCUUUUAUUUAUAGAAUAAAAAUAUGUCGACAGUG